AUGAGCGAUAUUAACGUUUAUAUAUACAUGCAGGACGCGGGCCGUUUUCCUCCUGCGCUGCGUCGUGACUCACGCGCGCGUCUGCUGAUCUCCCCUGGCAGACUUUAUGGUGUUGGAAGCACCGUAAUCCAUAAACCCGCGCCGGUGGAAUCGGCGAACACGACGGUUCACGUGAUCGUUAAAGCCGCGAAGAGGAUCGGCAAGGCGCUGAAAACGGUCCGGUGCCUCGGGAACGCGGAUGAAAUAUAGGCUUGAAUUCUUUACCUUAGAUCCUACUAAACUAUGUAACAAAGUGUAUAUCCUCGAAGUCAACAAAGGAAUAACAAGAGACGCGAAGAAGUUGAAGGCAGUAGUUUUAAUUAAUCUGAAAUAUCGUAUUUCAAAUAAAUUUUCUUUUCUAGAUUAGCUAUCAAGCUUAACCGAUAUUAGAAAUAUUUAAUGAUAAAAACUAUCAUACUUAAUUUUAAAGAAGAACAUGCUGAUUCCAAAGAUCAAUUAAAUUGUAGAUUCAAGAGUUUCAACAUUAAUACAGCUAAAUAUGGGCACAUUUUUUCAUUCUUUUUUUAUACCGCUUAUAUCAUUACUACCGAGAGAAACGGCGAUUUCUUUAAAGAUCUUCUUCAAAGGGGCUAGGAAAAAAAUGCUGGAUUAGGUUACCGAGCUGUCAAAGCAAGUCCAGAGACAAGAAAAGGUCAGAUAGGGUUGCUCGGUAGAGAGGAAGAGAAAGGACACGAGGAAGAAGGGGGGCAAAGGCCGGAGGAGGGAUAUACUCGCGACAAGCCACCAGUUCAGUGCGGUUCUACUCUUCGUCAGGUGUGUCUCGCCGAUCACCCUAGAGAUCAUAAAUCUGUCGUGACAGAAGUACUCUCGGUGAAAUCCUUUACGAACCUUUGCGGCUCGUGUUUGUCUCGUGUAACGAGUGAUAAAAAUCCUCGAAUUCAAUAUUCGUAAUAAACGGCUGUCGCGAGCCGGCGUUUUCUGCCGGGAAUGUAAUUGAUAACGACACGUGACCAUAUAACAAUCGUGAUCGCAUGAUCGUGUCGACGAUCCUCUCGAGCGUGACGGGUUUCCAUCGGCGACAUUCGCACGACGGACGGCAUGUCGAUCUGAAGAUGGAAACCGAAGUCCGGACGCUCAAGCAGGAACUGGCGCGGACCCAGGACGCCCUGAAGACCGCCACGAAGAAAUGUCGGGAGUUGGUGAGGGAGCUGGACCACCGUACCGCCGGUCACGAGUCCGAGAGGAUUCUGCGGGAUCAGCAGCUCUCGAGGAUACUGCGGGCGUUGCUGUUCCUGGAGGCGCGCCUUAAGCAGGAGCAGAAGUCGAUCCGGCAGAUGCUCUGCGAGAAGGACAACGUCAUCAGGAACCAGCAACUGGAGAUCGCGAUGCUCAGGCGGUAUACAAAGAACUAUAUAAAGAGCAAGCGUGAUCGAACGACGCCGGCCGUCGAUGUCGAGGUCAAUGCCAACGUCGACAAGAAUCUGCAGAAGGGCUUUGGAAAUUUGCAUAGAGAAACGCUGCAGGAGAGCGGUAUUGGCAAAGAGAUCGCGAGUCUGAAGUGCGAGAUAAUCACGCGGCUGAACCCGGCGUCGUCCGGCAUCCUGGACGAACUGGACCGUAACAGCGUGAGAAAGACGCACAGUUUCGCCGGCAGCGAUAUCUCGAAGGCCAGUCUGACCAGCAGCGAGAACACGGACGCGUCCAUCGUCACGACGACGACGGAGGGCACCCCGUCGUUGCUCAGCACGGAGGGCUUUUGCGAGGGCGAGAGCACGGACGUGUCGCCCGGCUCGACCUUGAACAAAUGCUCGAGCAGGUGCACGCCGACGACGGUGACUGACAGCGAAAACGAGACGACGAUGAUCCUGGACGAGGACGACGAGGACAUAACGGAGGAGAGCGGGAUGACGACAGUGUCGACGAAGAGGAGAACGAAGGGCCAGAAGACGUCGUCCAAGGGUGCCGACGUGAUUGAGGUGGUCGGUAUCGCGAGGACGGAGAGCAAGGACGACGGGAUGGACUGUAACUUCGCCUCGGAGGACGAGGAACAUAAUAACACGAGGAUAAGUAAUCAAGAGGCAGGCAAGGAAGAACCGAUUUACAUUAACGCCUGCAACGAGGUGAACGAGAGAAAUCUGCAGCGGACGGAGCAGUCGAGGACGAAAGAUGAUUACAGCAAUAAUAACAAUAUCGAGACGAAGCUCGAGACGCCUGAAUUGACGGUGGAGGACACUUCCAGUGGAAAUUGGUACAGCGAUCCGGAUGAGGAUCGGCUGAACGACGAUGUGUUCAGGCACAGCACCUACCGGCCGAAUAGCAAUCACAACUCCGUGUUGGAGUGCGUGAAUCAGAUCCUGCUGCAGGAUAUGGAGGAGGAGGAGAACAUGGUGCUGUCGGUGCCGCGUCGAUUCAAACAUCGCGGCCGAAUCGUGCGUUUUCAGCCGGCCAGGUUGUCCGACAUCGAGUCGGUGGGUUCGGAGAUGGAGAGGAAGAACUCCGAGGAGUCCGUCGCGGAUAACAAGGACUCAUCGAGGGAGGAAGAGACCGCGGAGAACGAGGCGAACGCGACCGAGGACGAGUUUGGCAUGAGGAUCGUACAAAAGGAGCCGGAUGACGACGGUUCCAAGGACUCCAAGGCGAUCCCGCUAGUCAUCAUUGAGCCCAAGAUCGAUGUCGAGGAGUCGAGGAAGAUCCUGACGAAAUCCCAGGUGAGCAAUCCUCCGUUAAAGAUGGAGAGAAUCGAGGAGAAGACCUGCCUGCAGAUGUCCGCGAGAGGGUUGACUAUCGCCAAGAACCUGGAUUACGAAGAUAUAGAGUCGCUGCCGGAGAUAACAACGACGUCACCGACGCCGCCCAGGACGCCACCGGCGCUGCCGCCGAAGCCACAGUUUCGCAACAAUACCUUGAUCCUGAAGAAGAUUCCUAGUCCGUCGUUCCUGAUUGAUGAAAAGAGGCAGCAGGAUCCGGGAGGUGCGGAUCCUGCAAAAAAAAGUAUUCUUGGGCUGAUAUCCUCUUCGUCUUCGUCGUCAAAGGCGGCAAGGAGUCUGAAUCUGGAGGAAGCGAAGAGUUCGGCCAGGAGCUCGGCGAGGGAAACGAAGGGUCGCGAAGAGGGUGGAUUCUGGAAGAACAGAUUCAACCACGUGCGCUCGUCCUUCCAGGUGAGGCAAAAGGAGCCGGAUCAGGCGAAGGGCGCGGUACGAGUGACGAACAUCGUUCGGCACUUCGAGGAGUUCAAGAUCGGCGACCCCGAGGAACAACAGACGAAGGACAGAAAUCGCCCAAAGGAUCGCCACGCCGAACUCGAACACGAAUUCGAUAUCCGACAGAACUUCGAAGAGUUCAAUCUGGACGAGUGCGAUCUGUCGGACGAUCCCGAUCGGCCUGAGGGUGACGGAUCCGAGAGACUCAGUCACGCGGGACUCAGCAACGCCGGCCCGAAUGAAAACAGCAUUGCCAAAGACAACAACAAUGUUCCUGCUGUCGGCAACGGUACCAGUAAUAGCAACGGCAACGGUGAAAUCGGCAGCAGUGGAUACGAUCACUUCCUGGAGGCGACCGGCCUCAGCAACAAGUCGAUCCUCACGCCCUCGCGAUUGCUGAGCAAUCACAAGAGCAUGCUGAAGCCGAAGGACGUGAAGUACAAGAGCAGGAUCAAGGCCACGGCGGUGCUGGAGAGGCACGGGGUGCAGACUACUGCGGCCGGCAGUACGAUGACGACGCACGUCAGGCACUGGACUGGACCGUUUGUCUGACGAUUGGCCAGUUUCCUGCCGACUAAAAAUCCCUUUCGCUCCGCCGUGUCGGCCGACAACUCGCCGAUAAAGGCGAACUACAAAAGAUUUUGAUUCUUUAAUUCGCUGACGAUUAAUUAUAUGAACAUUUUUAGUCGCGCUGUGUAUUCGUACGCAACAAAGCGUGACUUUCGUUCUUGACGUGCAAAUGCGAAUUUUAUAUACAGUAUUGGCCGAGAAACAGGGAAAAAUGAAGAAUUCUUAAUGAAGAUACAAACAGAGAAACCUUGUUUCCUUAGUACGUUACGAUGCUAAUAUGUGAGUAAUUAACACACACAUAUAUAUAUACACACAUAUAAAUUACGUUAUUUUUCAUGUCUAUAAAAGAUACAUGAGUCGCUAGAUA